AUGGCUCUCCAUGACGAUGAGGAUGUCCAGCCGGAAGCAGUAGCCGACGCAGUGACUGCCAUGAAAAUCAAACGUGAUAAUUCAGCAGAGAGCACACCCAUCAACAGCACCCAUGCAUCAGAUUCUGCGAAUUAUUAUCCCAAUGGGUUUUCGAAGUCAAGCCCCACUAAAAGUAUUUCCAAGACAAAAUCGCAAAGCGGGAGCAGCUCUCCCGCUGCGAAAGUCGAAAAUGGGCAACCUGAAGAGAAAUUGUCCGCUUCCAUAACCGUCAAACUGGAACCUGGCCAACCGCCAAAGCUGUCACGGGCCGGUUCACAGAAGGUGGUGUCUCGACCGGUGCCACUUUUUGACCAUCUUCCAAACAGUACUGCUGAAGCUACCUCUACAUUUCAAGUUAUAGAUGACUGCACGUAUGCCAAUAAAUACAUGGGUUAUACGGAACAUGCUAUGGAGUGCGACUGUUCAGAGGAGUGGGAUCCUGUGGCCGGCAGAAAUGGAGCUUGCGGAGAAGAUUCAGAUUGCAUCAAUCGAGCCACAAAAAUGGAAUGUGUUGGAGACUGCGGUUGCGGUGAUGAAUGCCAAAAUCAACGCUUCCAACGACGACAAUAUGCCAACGUGACGGUCAUCAAAACCGAGAAGAAGGGCUAUGGCCUACGUGCUGAUUCCGAUUUACGACCUCAUCAGUUCAUAUUCGAAUAUAUAGGCGAAGUCAUCAACGAGGCAAGCUUCCGGAAACGCAUGAUUGCAUAUGAUGAAGAAGGCAUCAAGCAUUUCUACUUUAUGUCUCUCACCAAGGGAGAAUUUGUCGACGCCACCAAAAAGGGUAAUCUUGGGCGCUUCUGCAACCAUUCGUGCAACCCCAAUUGCUAUGUCGACAAGUGGGUUGUGGGAGAGAAGCUUCGAAUGGGCAUUUUCGCAGAGCGACACAUCAAAGCUGGCGAGGAACUAGUCUUCAAUUAUAAUGUUGAUCGUUAUGGAGCUGAUCCACAGCCUUGUUACUGCGGGGAGCCAAAUUGUACAGGCUUCAUUGGUGGUAAAACACAAACUGAACGUGCGACGAAGCUCUCCAAUGCUACCAUUGAAGCCUUGGGUAUCGACGACCCGGAUGGUUGGGAUACUGCUGUGGCGAAACGGCCGCGCAAGAAGAAGACUGGCGAGGACGAUGAAGAAUAUGUCGACAGUAUGCAACCUAGGUCGUUGAACGAAGAUGGAGUCACCAAGGUCAUGGCUGCACUGAUGCAAUGCAAAGAGAAAUGGAUUGCUGUUAAAUUACUUGGACGCAUUCAACGCUGCGAUGAUGAGCGUGUACGAAAUCGUGUCGUCAAGAUGCACGGAUACCAGAUACUCAACUCCCAGCUGAGUGCCUGGAAAGACGAUUUCAACGUCGUACUCCAAAUUCUCGAUAUCCUAGAUAAGUUCCCGAGACUCACUCGAAACAAGAUCAUCGAUUCGAAGAUCGAGGUGACAAUCAAGCCCCUUACUGAGUGUGGUGAUGAACGUGUGGAAAAGAAAGCAGCAGCUCUUCUGCAGAUCUGGUCUACCCUUGAAAUUGGCUAUCGAAUUCCACGGAUGAAGAGAGACCCAACAGCUUCUAAUAACACCACAGCAGUUAAUCGGUUCGAACGACGAGAGUCAUCUAGAAAUGAUGAAAACCAAAAGCCAAGAUCGAAAUCUCGAUCUCGGUCCCGAUCACGCUCGAUCGAUGCACCCCGUGCCCCAGCUGCCCUUCGAAAUGGCAAAGGUCCUCCUCGCAAUUCAUACCACCACGGACCAAGACCGUUUCGACGACCGCCAUUUGCCAAUCCUCUACCUCAAGGUUGGUUUGCGGCGGAGUCGAAUGGAAAGACCUACUAUUAUUCUGCAUCAGGUGCUACGACAUGGAAAAGGCCAACAGCACCGGCACCUCAGCCGCCUCCACCCCCCAAACCCGAGUCCAAGGAUAAGGCCUUGCAGGAUAUUAUCGAUGGCAUUAUGAACGCUAAAGAGAACACACCGAAAACACGAGAUAAAUCGGAGACUCCUGCUACCUCCAAACCGCGAGAUGCAAAACCCCCAGAGAUAAAGGAACACAAGGAGAAAUGGCGAUCGUAUAGUGAAGAAAAGCAGAAAAGGCUGUAUGAAAACACUAUUUUCCCUCACGUCAAGUACGUAAUGGAUAAAUUUAAACACAAGUUACCGAAAGAGGAGUUGAAACGCUAUGCUAAAGAGGUGGGGAAAAAGCUCGUUAAUUCGGAUUUUAAAAACCACCGCGUGGACGAUCCAACGAAAGUUAGCGACAAACAGAUAAAGCAGAUUAAAAGGUACUGUAAGGAGUACUUUGAUAAAGCGGUUGCGAAGCACCUCGCAUACGAGAAGAAAAAGGCGGAGAGGAAAGCAAGGGAAGCAGCUAAAGCAACUGAGGGCGGCUCAAGGGAUGCAACCGAAAAUCCCGAAUUAUCGCAAAAUCCAGAAAUAAAGGAUAGUAAAAAGGAGGAAAGUGAUGUCGAAGAAGAUAUAAAGAUGUCAGAUGAUGAGAUGGACAAGUUGGAAGAUAAAAAAUCAUCACCAAUGAGCCUCGACGAGAAUAGUCUCAAACGCAAAAGAGAUGCUGAUGGAUAUCUUGAUGUGGAUGUCGAUACAGCCGGUGCCUCGCCUUCAAAGAGGACAAAAUCGUCUACGCCCCCUCCACCACCUCCUCCACCUAUAGAUAUGUGUGAAGAUGUAGCGAGAGACAGCCAUAAGCGUAAAAGAGACGAAGGUGGUGACAAUGGAUAUGGUAGCAACUGCUUCUCGCCGGGCAAAAGAACCCGGUCAGAAUCACCCCCUCCUCCGCCUCCCCCACCUCCACCUGCGGAUAUGUCCGAAAUGUGCGACACUGGCGAAGAUCAAAGUAGGGGGGAUGAGGAAUUUUGCAUAGAUGAAAAUAUCGACGUAAACAUGAGUAGUCUAUAA